GCCCUGCGGCAGGAGGUGCUGCGCCGCGCCGAGGCCACGGCCUCCAGCACCGGCAGGUCCCUGUCCCUCAUGUACGAGUCCGAGAGGAUCGGGGUCGCCUCUUCCGAGGAGCUCAUCCGGCAGCGAGGAGCCCUGGAGCGCACGGAGAAGAUGGUGGACAAGAUGGAACAGGACCUGAAGGCCAGCCAGAAGCACAUCAGCAGCAUCAAGAGCGUGUUCGGGGGGCUCGUCAAUUACUUCAGAGCCAAGCCUGCGGAGACCCCGCCCCAACAGAAUGGCACCCUCGCUCCCCAGCCCAACAGCAGAUUGAAAGAAGCCAUAAGUUCGAGUAAAGACCAGGAGGCACAGUACCAGGCCAGCCACCCAAACCUCAGGAGGCUGCACGACUCAGACUCUGUCCCCGGUGGGGCCAGUUCUGCCGUGAGUACCGAGGCUUACCCAAAGAACCCGCACCUUCGGGCCUACCACCAGAAGAUCGACAGCAACCUCGAUGAGCUGUCCGUGGGCCUGGGCCGGCUGAAGGACAUAGCCCUGGGAAUGCAGACGGAAAUCGAGGAGCAGGACGACAUUCUCGACCGCCUCACCACCAAAGUGGACAAGCUAGAUGUCAACAUAAAAAGCACAGAGAAAAAAGUUCGGCAGCUUUGAAGACAGAGGAGGAUUCCACUCCAUCGUGAUGAAAAGAUGCGGAAGAUCUUCCAGAUUCGCGAGGAAUUCCGUUUCUUACUUUAGUAUGUGAUUUAACACGUGUUUGCAAACAGUACCACGGAGUGGGUCUCGAGAGCUUUUGUUGGGAGAGGACGCGCGUCCCACUUUUCUCAGGGCUGACAGUUUCUCAGUCCUCUGAGCUGAGUGCGUGGAGUUUCAGCCUGAGCCCAACGGCCUGGCCCAUGUGCCUGCCCCGGCGUCUGACGGCCUGCUGGAGUGGGAGAGAGGACCUGCAUUUCUCACUUGGAGAGGGAGAGGGAGCAGAUGGAAGGAUAGGGGUGGAAGUCGUCAGGAACCACCAGCCCAUUUCCCUGUUGGCCCUACUUCUGGUCCCCAGGCCUUCCAUGGGUCAGAGCACUAAGGGCCAUGUGACCGAUUGUAUGUGGGGGGUCCUUUCUCCCCACUGCCCCCCCACCGCCGAGCACAUUGUGAUUCUCUAAGCCCUUGGGAAAGGACAGCGUUAGGUUCAGAAUGGAGUGUGCUGGCAUUCUUGGCUAUUUCAUGGACAGAGGUCACCUCUUCUGCUCCCGGCCUCUGUCCUUGGCACAUGCUUUAUUUUAGCAGGAGGGGUGCAGACCUGCACUGGUCACUGUGAUGUCUGGAAAGGUGGAGGGAGCUGGGUAAACUCUGCGGCCCCUACGCUCUCACCCAGGACUCUGUCCACGGUCCGGAACGGGCUUUCCCCUGGCCUGAGGCUGCCUGGCUGCCGACCAGGGACCAAGGACUGGGGACUGAGGACCAGGGCCUGCAGUGCAUGGGGCUGGAGCAUCACAUGGACAUGGUCCACCAAGCUCUCCACUCUCAGGUCACCGUGACCAGGCCCCCUGGUCUGGCAGCGUUUAUUCAGUGCCUGGGGUUGGCCCCGUCCCGGACUCCCAACCACUCUCUCUCACACUUCUAGCAACAAGCUUUGACUCCCCACUCGGUUCUCUGGUACCCAGUUCUAGGGCUGGGACUCCACAAAAGAUGCUGACUUUGCAUAGGAGGAUUUGGCUUUUUUUUUUUUCCAAAAAGCCCAGACCUUAUCAUUUCCACUGGCCCAGCUUGUUCUUUCCUCCCAAUUUACAAAAAGAGAAUCAUUUAAAAGCACUAAUUAAAAUUGAUUUCUGUACUUAAAUGAAUUUCUUUGCAUUGGUACCACCAACUGUGUAGUUGAAGCCACAAGGCCCUAGUCUUUUUUAAAAGCAAAUUAAUAUAUUUUGCAGAUGGUGAAAGCAAGACUGAUUUUAAUAAGACAGGUUAGGUUAGAAACUAAAGCCAUGAUGCCUUUCACCUUGAAACCUGGCACUGGCACUGUGGCCUUCACUGCUCUGGUUCAGUAGCAUAUAAACAAAGUCCCUUAACAGUGAAGCAAAUACUUGAAAGGGCUGCAGGAAUGCAUCAGUGUGUAUGUAGCAGCUCAGGUAUAAAGUUCCAUCCCACAGUGCAUGAAUGGCCUUCCUGUAAACACUGACGGCCUCCCCAGGCAGACACAGCUCUGUCAAGUUCUGGCCACUUCGGGGUCUGAGCCACAUCCCUGAGACACGAUGGAAGGUCACUGGAGCCCACAUCCGCUAAUCAUGACCUUGUCCUGAUAAUUCCCUUAGUAACUAGAAGAAGGAAAACUUCCAGACACACGCCCAGCCCACACUAGAGUCCAUGGGGCUUUCAGCAGAAAGGCUGCUCAGAAGGGUGAGGCCACACAGCCUGAGUUCUGUCUGACCUCCCUCCAGCAUCAGCAGGUGUGGAGAUUAGUCCAUAGACCUCAGACCUGAGCUUAUUUUCAGGUAAAUACACAAAGUCCCCUUCCUCUUGCAUGAUGGGAGAUGGGAUCGGUGAUUUAACUGACUUCAAGCAAAGUAACGCUGUAUUUUCUGUACCUGCCCGUCCUUUGUUGGAUUGAUGGAGCCAGUCACUGCUCAUUUUUUCCCCACGUGACCCUCACUUUUCUAGACACAUCUCGGGCCUGUGACAGGGCCCCAUAUGCUUUGUUCUGUUCCUGCUCACGUCCCUUAUCCUAAGGCCUGGGCAGGGGGCCUGUGUGAGCCUUGCACUGGGUCCUUGCCCUGCUCCCUCUCCCAGGGAGGGCCCCUUACAGAUGCUUUUUCAUGGAGAAGUUGCUCGCAUCCUCAGAGAACAAAGGAACACCUGAGGACCCUCCAGAAUCUGCCUGUGAUGAUCGUAGUCAGAGAAAACACUCUGCCCUCCAGAUGCAUGUCUCGGGGAGACCCCAAGGUGCCGGGGCUGGGUUUGGCUGUGGGACGGGCUCCCAGACAAGACAACACCAACAAACUUGGCCUUGCUAUGUGGGGUCCUUAAGACAUCAGUAUUUCCACAGUCGAGCUGCAGACAAACCGUGCCUUCCAAAAAGUGACUUUUCUAACUCAAGGUUGUUUACAUGUUAUGCAUGUUACUAACUUAAGUGCAUUCUCCUUCGGAGGAAACAUUCUGACAUCGAGUAGUUUAACAGCAGUGGGUGGCCUCAUGGGUGUCUUCUCUGCAUUCUAUGGGAAAGGAUGCCUGAACUGAACUCAGGUGGCCAAAAAAGAUGUACAUAAGUGCAUUUUAAUUUCUCUUUCUCUAACUUCUUUUUGUGAAUAUGUGAUUUUUAAGCUUACACUACACCAAUUCAGUAAAAUUCUUAUACUUUGUCUAGAUAGGGCUUUUCAGCAGAAUUUUUCAAGUUACCAAUGUCGUUAAGCAUCUUCAGAGGGAUAAGAUGUCUUAUGUACAAACUGACAAACUAGACGUUAAACAUGGGCACAGGAGGGCUUUCUGUUCAGAGCCUGUGUCAGAACAAUUCUUAGACUUCACGCCUUCAACUCCACAAGUGACCAUAUUCCAUAAAAUAAAAUGUGAAGUUGUUUUUUAAUCAAA